AUGCCUCCGCAAAUCAAGCAGGAUCUUAACCGCUCCGGCUGGGAGUCUACGGACUUUCCCUCCGUCUGCGAAAACUGCUUGCCCGAAAAUCCAUAUGUCAAGAUGGUCAAGGAAGACUAUGGUGCAGAAUGCAAAUUAUGCACAAGACCGUUCACGAUCUUCAGCUGGAGCGCGACCCGUGCGCAAGGCCGACGCAAGACGACUAUGAUCUGCCUGACAUGCGCCCGACUCAAAAACUGUUGCCAGAGCUGCAUGCUCGACCUGUCCUUUGGACUCCCCAUCGCCGUUCGCGACGCAGCACUGAAGAUGGUCGCCCCCGGCCCGCAGUCCGAUAUCAAUCGAGAGUACUUUGCGCAAAACAACGAGAAGCUCAUCGAAGAGGGCAAAGGCACCGAAGAGUACGAAAAGACGGACGAAAAGGCGCGCGAACUGCUGCGACGGCUUGCCGCGAGCAAACCAUAUUUUCGAAAAGGCAGAACUGUCGACGAGUCUGAGUUGAUUAGCGCAAGCAACACUGGCGACGCCGCUGUUGGUGCUGGUGUUGGGGGACCUGGGCCCAUUCGUACCAAGGACUCGAGAGCUGCUCGAGCUGCUGGAGCAAAGAUUGGCGGCGGUAAGGGUCGCGCUGCGUUUCCGAGCACCGCGCAAUUACCGCCAAGCCCACGCGACUGGCUGCCACCGGACGAUAAGAACAUCAUGUCGCUUUUUGUGACGGGCGUGGAGGAUGACCUGCCUGAGUUCAAGCUGCGCGAUUUCUUUAAGGCACACGGCAAAAUCAAGAGCCUUGUCUGCUCGCACAUGUCGCAUUGCGCCUUUGUCAACUACGAGACAAGAGAAGCGGCGGAAAAGGCGGCGGCUGCCUGCCAGGGCCGCGCGGUCAUUGCAGGGUGCCCUUUGCGCAUUCGCUGGGGACAGCCCAAGGCUAUUGGCACCAUGGACAAGGAACAGCGUUCCGAGAUGCUGCGCGAUGCGCGCAUCCGACAAGCCUCCCGGGCGCGGCAACAAGGAGCCAUCGAGGCCGGGCAAGCGCCGUCAGCAUUGUCGACCGAACCUGUGGCGGCGCCGUCUGGUGGUGAGGAUGCGCCCAACUAUGCCAGUUUGGCUGGUGAAUGA